AGUUGACCAAGAAAAGAAGAGAAAAACAGAGAGGCGUUGAUGGUGGGUGUGGCGGAGUCGUGAGAGACAGAAGUUCUGUUCUGUUUUGAAAUUGAGCGCACAAGCAUUUAAAAUAGAGUGAAAAUGGGGGUCCCAGUGAGACAAGUCAUUAAGAACCUGGAUGCGUUUCCUCGCACAGAAGAUCAUUUGAUGCACAAAACUCAAUCUGGGGCUCUUGUUUCACUAUUCGGUAUAAUCAUAAUGGCCACAUUGUUUCUGCAUGAGCUCGGUUAUUAUCUUACAACUCACACAUACCAUCAGAUGUCAGUGGACUUGAAACGUGGAGAGACUCUUCCAAUUCACAUAAAUAUGACAUUUCCUUCUUUACCUUGCGAUGUUUUGAGUGUAGAUGCCAUUGAUAUGUCAGGCAAGCAUGAGGUGGAUCUUGAUACAAACAUAUGGAAACUUCGUCUGAACAGUCAUGGCUAUAUAGUUGGCUCUGAAUACAUAUCUGACCUUGUUGAAAAGGAGCAUGCUGCUCAUAAGCAUGACGAUGAUAAGGAUCAUCAUGAGGAUUCAGAACAAAAGAUUCAUUUACAAACCUUUGAUGAAUCUUCUGAAAAUAUGAUCAAGAAGGUGAAGCAAGCAUUAGCAAAUGGGGAAGGAUGCCGGGUUUAUGGCGUUUUAUAUGUUCAAAGGGUUGCUGGAAAUUUCCAUAUUUCAGUUCAUGGACUAAAUAUAUAUGUUGCUCAAAUGAUUUUUGGAGGAGCAAAGAAUGUGAAUGUCAGUCACAUUAUCCAUGAUUUGUCAUUCGGUCCCAAAUAUCCAGGGCUUCACAACCCACUUGAUGAUACACCAAGGAUUUUGCAUGAUACAAGUGGAUCGUUUAAAUAUUAUAUUAAGGUUGUUCCAACCGAAUAUAGAUACAUCUCAAAAGAAGUUUUACCAACGAAUCAGUUCUCAGUUUCAGAGUAUUUUUCGCCCAUGAUUGAGUUUGAUCGGAACUGGCCAGCUGUCUACUUUUUGUAUGAUCUGUCACCUAUUACUGUCACAAUCAAAGAAGAACGACGUAGUUUUCUUCAUUUCAUUACUCGGCUUUGUGCAGUGCUGGGUGGAACCUUUGCUCUAACAGGGAUGCUAGACCGUUGGAUGUACAGACUUCUGGAAGCUUUAACUAAACCUAAGUCUAGAAGUGGAUUGCGGUAGAUAUCAAAGCCACGAUGGUGUAAUGGUUGAAAUUAAGGAUUCCUUUUUCAAUUCUUUCACAGAUUUGUGUUCCUAUAAUCCCUUGUAUAACGGUACAUUAAUGCCUAACUGUUUAUAGUUUUUCUUCUUUCGGAAUGGGUGUUUUGGGGCUUGGUUUGACUACAUUGCAGAGUAUUUUCGUGGAAUCCCCUUUGUAGAACUCAAAUUUUGAAUAUUAUGAUCAGAUA